AUGUUCAUCUAUCUAUCUAUCUAUUUCAGUCUAAAACAUAUCUAUCUAUCUAAUUUAUAUGUAAGCAAUCUACUGAUAUCUAUCCAUUUAUCUAACUAUCUAUCAUCUAUUUCAUAUCUAUAUAUCUAUCUCAAUCUACUCAUAUCUAUCUAUCUAUUUCAAUCUACUCAUAUCUAUCUAUCUAUCUAUCUAUCUAUCUAUCUAUCUCAGUCUGCUGACAUCUAUCUAUCUGAGUCUCUAUCUAUCUAUCUAUCUAUCUAUCUAUCUAUUUCAAUCUACUCAUAUCUAUCUAUUUCAAACUACUCAUAUCUAUCUAUCUAUCUAUCUAUCUAUUUCAAUCUACUCAUAUCUGUCUAUCUAUUUCAAUCUACUCAUAUCUAUCUAUCUAUCUAUCUAUUUCACUCUACUCACAUCUAUCUAUCUCAAUCUACUUUAUCUUUCUAUCUAGCAAGUAAUCAAAAUACACUAUCUAUCUAUCUAUUAAGCAAUGAAAAUACACUAUCUAUCCAUCUAUCUAUCUAUCUAUCUGUUACUAUAUGGAAAAUCGCGGUCUUGCCAACUCUUCUUUAUUUCACCACCAUCUUGUGGCACCGACGUUGGCGAAAAGAGUCAACCGGUGUUUCCCUUCAUUGUGCACCUCAUUAUACGACAUCCGGCGUCCGUGUUUUCUCAACACUUUGUUGGUGGAUUACGAAAAAAUCAUUCGGGGUUCCAUCUAUCUAUGUGAGUCUAUUCAUAUCUAUCUAUCUAUCUAUCUAUCUAUCUAUCUAUCUAUCUAUCUAUCUAUGUCAAUAUAUUCAUAUCUAUCUAUCUGUCAAUAUAUUCAUAUCUAUCUAUGUCAGUCUAUUCAUAUCUAUCUAUCUAUCUAUGUCAAUAUAUUCAUAUCUAUCUAUCUAUCUAUCUAUCUAUCUAUCUAUCUAUCUAUCUAUCUAUCUAUGUCAUUCUAUUCAUAUCUAUCUCUCUAUAUCAUUCUAUUCGUAUCUAUCCAUCUAUUUAUCUAUACCAUUCUAUUCAUUAUCUAUCUAUCUAUCUAUCUAUUUAUGGAUGAUGACAUUCUUGGAAAUAAUACAGACUUUGUUAGUGGAUUACGAAAAAAUCAUUCGGGGUUCCAUCUAUCUAUGUGAGUCUAUUCAUAUCUAUCUAUCUAUCUAUCUAUCUAUCUAUCUAUCUAUCUAUCUAUGUCAGUAUAUUCAUAUCUAUCUAUUUACAUCAAUAUAUUCAUAUCUAUCUAUCUAUCUAUCUAUCUAUCUAUCUAUCUAUCUAUCUAUUUAUCUUUGUCAAUAUAUUCAUAUCUAUCUAUCUAUCUAUAUCAUUGUAUUCAUUAUCUAUCUAUCUAUGUCUUCAUAUCUAUCUAUCUAUCUAUCUAUCUAUCUAUCUAUCUAUCUAUCUCUAUAUAUAAAAAAAAUAUAA